AAGCGCGCAAAUGCAGAUUUAUUUAAUAUGUUUUUUGUGGUGUAAAUAUAUUAGUUAUGCCCAGGAUUAUCAAAUAAAUACAGAGUUUUAAAAUGUGAUCAACCUGUGUUCUUUCGAAAAUAAAAUCUCAAAUUUAGCAAGUCUCAGUGUUGUUGUUAUUAAAUGCAAUGAUCGCUUAUAAAGAUUGGUUGCUAGUACUAUGGCUUGCACAGUGGUGCGCAUGGGCACAACCCGCGGCACAAUUGGCCACAAUGACAACGGCAACACCAACACCGACUUUAACGCUUACAGAUUCAGCUACUCCUUCAGCUGCUUCCGCAGUUACAGCAUCAAUUGAGGCGCCAUUUGCUCCAGUUGUGCAACAGCAACAGAAUGCAGAAAAGUCAAGCGGAGGAGUUGGCGAUAAACCGGAAACGGUCGCAGUGACAACAACAACACAACCGCCAUCGGUUGCGGUUACAACAACAACAACAGAUUUACCCGAAUACUUGAGAAGUUGUUUUUAUGCAGAGGAAGAACUGUGCACAAAUUGGCACCAACAGAAAGACGCGUCUUCGGAUCUGGAUAACAGAGCCGUCAACGGCGGUACCGACAUUGGCGAUAAUGUUGCUCCGAUUUCUUCGGCUACUUCUUUAUCGAAGACGGUAGAAGAUCAAACUUCACAAAUGCAGAAUUAUGAGAAUCGCGACAAUAAUAGCUGCCAGUGUCGAGAGCACCCGACAAAAGCCGGUUCCUGGUACUGCUGCAACAUCCCAAAUAUCUCGAUGAUCUCAAGUUGCAGCAACAUAUCCAAGUGGACAAAUCUCCAUGUGCGCAAUCUCACGGCAACCGCCUUGGAUUUAUCGAACUCAAUAUAUCGAUCACUGCAAUCGUUAGCGAUGACACACGGCAACAUAUCGCAGCUGACAAACGCAUUUCCGCGUCACUCCAUCAAGCUGCGCUGUCUGGACUUUUCGAAUAACGGCAUUUUUGAAAUAAACCAUCGGGCUGUCAAGGAUGUGCCCCAUCUGGAGUUCUUCGGCAUAUCUAAUAACCUCUUGUCGCGGGUGCCAAAUCGAAAUCAGAACAAGAACAUUGCCUUGGAUAUUAGUGGCAAUAUGCGAAUGCUCUGUGAACCGCUCAACGAGAUUAUUAAUGCUGACUCAUUCAACUUUGUGAAUCCGGAGCGCUCCUUCUGUUUGUAUAAUGCCACACAUAAGUGGUUCAAUUCCACGGAUUUUGUGUCUGUUAAACAGCUGGAGAGCAUCAAGAAAUGUGGCACAAAGUGUCCAAAUAUACCGAAUUAUGGCAACUGUUCCUGCAACAUAUAUAACAUAAUGAUCAUACAAAACGAUCAAUCAAAGACUGUAUGCAAUGUUGAUUGUUCCAAUCUGGGAUUGAUUGAACUACCUCCUCAACUACCGGACAAUACGUUUACACUUAACAUUAGCAACAACCGAAUCAGCACACUAGGAGAUCAUUUCCAUACAAAUCCAACAUAUUACAAUAUCGUUAAGCUGGUUGCCGAUAACAAUCAGAUUUCUUCAAUUUAUGAAUUUGAAGGCACCAAGUUCAUUGAGCAUUUCCAGCGGCUUUACAUGCGCAACAAUUCUCUGAGCAAGAUACCUGAGUAUUUUCUAAACAACGCUUUAAUGGAUACGGAUGGACGACGCAUUUAUCUAGCGGAAAAUAGAUUGCAGUGUGAUUGCAAUUCGGCUAAAACUUUGCAGAAUUGGCUUAAGGAACGCAGUACCGAUAUACCCGAUUAUAUGGAUAUAAGAUGCCGAAAUUUGCCCCAAAGUGUCAUUGAGCUGCAAGAGAGUAAACUGUGUCAGUCGCCGCCCGACUGGACCGACUAUAUAUACUACCUUAUAGCAGCUGAAAUUAUUUUACUACUUUCCCUGAUCACAAAGGUUUCGUACGAUUAUUGGGUCUUUAAGACAGCGGGAUAUUUACCUUGGCCAGCUAGCAAGAUGCCAAAGCUGCCAUGUGACUGGCUGUGUGAAUCAUAGAUGAAUCAAAUAUCAUUAAUAUAUUAUAUUAUGUAUAACUAUAGAUAUAUACACAUUAGUGUGGAUCAA